GCUCAUUGCGUUACUCACAAGUUACAAUAUGCGGUCAUUGAUGCCUGCUGCAGGGACGUUGAUUUUGUGAAGAACUGUGAAAAGCACAUACGGGCGAUGUUCAAAUUUUACCAGUCCUCUCCCGAAAGGCUGAGAGAGCUGCAGGCUGUGGCUUGCGGGCUAGGCCAGAAGGUGGUGAAACUGAUGGAAUCGAACAGUGUGAGGUGGGUCGUAAGCAAGAGGCAAACUCUGAGUGCCCUUCUUGAAAGCUUGCCCGCGGUCGUUCGUCAUCUCGAGCGCCUGUCAAAGUCCAGUGGACACGAGGGACAAAAGGCCAAAGGGAUGUUGACGUUCCUGAGGAGUUUUGAUUUUGUAAAAUUCUCCCACUUCUUGAUAGAUUUUCUUCAUAUUUACAAGCCCCUCUCAGAGGUGUUUCAGAAAGAACAUGUUUUGGUGGGGCAGGUGAUCGCCACUCUAGAAAGCACAUAUCUUGGGUUGCAAAACCUCCUUCAACAGCCAGGACCAAAGGAAGAAGAGUUUAAUGCAAACGUAAAAGACGGAUGUUUCCGUGGCGUCUCCUUGGAUGUGGUAGAGAUGGGAGAGUUCCGAUUCCAAGUUGACAGAGCAAAAAUUAUUCUGACCGGGGCAGAAUAUCUACAUAAAAGAUUUGACACGGAGAAAUCCCCACCGUUAUUAAAAAACAUGGAAGUGUUCGAUGCCUUAUCUUGGCCUGCUGGUUGUCUUGAUGCCAACUUUGGAGAGGCGGAGAUUCUUUCUUUGGCAAACCGUUUUGGCUGUGUUCUCCCAGCGAGCCGUGAUAAGGAAAGACUGCUGGAGGAAUGGAGCGCGCUGAAAAACACCGCCCAGAACCUUUCAUUUCCCGCGUUCUGCAAGAAAGCAAUGGCGGAGGGCCUGAAGCUUCCUUCGCUGAGUAAACUCGCCUCGAUCUCGGCAUGUAUGCGUAUUUCUACGGCAAGUUGUAAGCGGGGGUUUGUCGUUAUGAAUCUGAUAAGAACGUACGAGAGGUUGAAGCUUUCCAACGAAGUGGCGAACUCUCUCGUGAUGGUGGCAGUCAAUGGUGUGGCAGUAUCAGAAUUUGACCCGUUGCCUGCGAUCGAGCACUGGUACUUAACGUCUUCGGGUCGUCGCUGUUGACCGUUGAACUGUUUUCUUCAGGUGCAUCAUUGGCACAGAAGUUGCAUGGAAGAGGGGACUGUUUUGAUACUAAAUGUGUAGCGCCGUCAGUAUCUGAAGAGCUACACGUUGUGUCUGGAGACAACUGUGCGCCCUCAGACACUUUCUUUGGUUCUCAGCAAGGUGCCAUACCCCACCCACUCCUCAAACUGAGACCAACAGCAACAUACCAGCAGCUGGGGUUUCUUCAAAGCAAAAUGACGGCCUCCAGCCACUGCCAUCUUCAAUUCCCAUGAACGUCUCUGGGGUUGGAGACAUCCUUAGGAAAGGGAAAUGAUGGGCUUGCAUCACAUCUGUCUGAUGCGAGCCCAUCUGUCUGGUAAACUGGGGAGGGAAGGAGUUAAAGACAGCAGUGGGCGACCAGGAAGGCCACUAGAAGCCAGCUGGGGAGAGUUGUGUACUUGCAUGUCCUGAAUGGAUGAGGGCUGUAUGUAUGCGAGAAAGAGAGGAGAGGGAGAAAGAUUAUGGGGGAUUUUUAAAGAGAUCCUGAAAAAGAAUGUGGCGUUUCAUGUGCUUGCAGAGAAGUGGAGAAGAAAGGGGGCAUGUGCAUGUAUGAUGGAUACUCUGUGUGUGCGCAUGUGCGGGGGGUGAGUAAUAAGUUGGCUGGCAGAGGUGGGGGAGAAAAAAAGGUUGCUUCUGUGAAAUUGGCACAGAAAACUGGGGUUCAGAGAAGCUUAGUGUGUUGGGGUUCAUCCCCGACCUCUGCCUUGUACUCUGUCCUUUGGGCAGGUUACUUCUCUGUUACGGCUAGCCACACUUCCCGCAGCGACUAUUUUGCAAUGGUACCCUGAAAAGUUCCUGAAAUUGCCAAAUGCCCACCGUACAUAUUUACCCGGAAGUAACUCUCACUUAUUUCAGUGGGACUUACUCACAGGUAAUUACAGAUUUGGUUUCAGCCUAAACCUGCUAAUCUGGAUUAAAAAAACUGAUCACUUUCCUCAUGGCAAAUACGAGUUACGGAACUAAUAUUUCAAGGGCAGCUGGGCAGCAGGAAAAAUUCCUGUUUCCUGGAGUUUUUAUGCUUUUCUUUCAACUUCUUUCCUAUUUGCCUUCCUUGUUCUAAUAUUUACCCAGUUUUUAACUAAGGCUGCAAUGAUUUGUCAAUUGGUUAGAUUAAUAGGGUUAAAAAUAUAGAAACAUAGGAAGCUGCCUUAUAUUGAGUCAGACCAUGGGCCAUCUAGCCCAGUAUUGUUGACACUGACUGGCAGCAACGGGUCUCCAGGGUUUCAGGUUACGGUUCUUUCCUUGCCCUACCUGGAUAAGCCGGGGAUUGAACUUGGGACCCUUCUGCAUGCCAAGCAUGUGCUCUAUCACACUGAGCUAUGGGGCAACAGCUACAUAAGAAGGCUUUUCUAUACCAAGUCAGAUGUUUGGUCCGUUUGGCCCGGGAGUGGGGAAUUUUUCUCUCUAUUAAGGACCACAUCCCCUUUGGAGUUAAUGUG